ACGUGACCGUCACAUGACGUCAUUUUUUUUUAAAGAGACAAACUAACCCCUUUUCUCCGAAGAUAUAUUUAUCCGUGUAAAGUUGUGGCUAUUUUAAACGUGCUGUGGUUUAUUUUCCAUCCAGCGUUAUUCAACGAAAUGGAGUAGACCCUGAACACGACCAAAUCUCAGCUGAAACUUCGCUCCCAGAAGCUCAAACUCUUAACAGGACGCCUGUCAUUAUUCACCUGAACUUACUGAUUAUUCCGAAUUAAAGACUGAACCGGUUUAAACAUCAACUGAAUUAUCCUGACCGAAUCCUCAGCUUCAGGCUCUUGAUGAAAGAGUGAUGUAUGAAAAUGUGCCGACAGUGUCAUCGGCUGAGCGGCAGCAGGUGCUCCAGGCUGUGGAAAGGCUGCAGUCUAAGCUGGCUCAGCGUGAGGAAUGGACUCACAGUGAAAGGCUGGGAACACUAAAGGAAGCACUACAGAGCCCUCUGCUCAACCGCAUCCUCACCCUGCAGCACUCUCUCAGACAGCUUAAAGACCAGCUGAACUGUAUACCUCCAGAUGCAUGCAGUGAGUUCAGUUUCUCCAAGAAAGGCCAGUUAAUUGUGAGUGCAAGUCGUCCUGGAAGCAGUCUGGGCUCUGUGGUGUCCAAUGGCACAGCUGUGUCUUCAGCAUCCUCUGAGCACCUCCAGAGAUGGCUCCAUGCUACAGCAAAGGGAAGAAAGCUGGAGCAUGUGAGCCUGCUCAGGCCCUUGACAGAAGGUCUAGGUUUCAGUGUGGUGGGGCUGAGACCGGAUGGAGUUGGAUCUCAUGGAGUUUUCAUCAAACAGGUGCAGCCGGGGAGUGUGGCAGACAGGGAUGGCAGAUUGCAGGAGAAUGACCAGAUUCUGACCAUCAACGGGAUUCCCCUGGACCAUAAUAUUACCCAGCAGCAGGCUGUUGCUUAUCUGCAGCAGCAGAGGGAUCGAGUAGAGCUCAUAGUGGCCAAAGACUCCUCACUCAAACCACACCUCCCCCCAUCUGGAUCCAUUCAGACAGUAAGGCUAUUUCAGGAACAGUGGGGACAUGUGGAGGAGAUCGAGCUGAUGAAUGAUGGCUCAGGUCUCGGCUUUGGAAUUGUGGGUGGAAAGGCUGCUGGGGUGGUUGUACGCACUCUGGUACAAAACAGUGUUGCAGAUAAGGACGGGCGACUGAGGACUGGUGACCACAUCCUGCGGAUUGGCGACACGCCCACACAGGGGCUGACCAGUGAGCAGGUCGUGCAGGUGUUGCAGGCCUGCGGUAGCCGAGUCCGCAUGCUAAUCGCCCGGGAUCCUCUGGGCAAUGCACAGCCUCCACCACCACCCCCACACGCUCCAACAACAGCACCCUCUGCCUCCAUGCUUCCUCCCAUACCAGCACGCAGGGCCAGCAAAUCGCUAAACCUUGAGGGCCAUGAGAUUCAUGAAGUGUCGUUGAAGAAGAAAGAUGGGCAGAGUCUGGGAAUUUCUAUUGUUGGCUGUAACUCUUCAACCACGGACGACGGAUUAGGGGUUUCUGUGAAGAACAUCAUCCCUGGCAGUGCUGCUGAACAGUGCGGGAAUAUCAUGGUCCAUGACAGAAUAAUAGCGCUGAAUGGAGUUAACCUGCAGGGCUUCACUAGCCAGGAGGUCCUGGAUGUUAUGAGGCAGACGGGUCAGACUGUGAACCUCACUUUGGUCCGCAAAAUCGCCUCGCCUAAGAAAUCUGCUGUUGAGAUAUCUCUGGAUAAAGUCCAGAGAGAGUCAUCACGAGUGUCUCUGAGGAGAUCUGCAGAGAUCAAGGUCCGGGCAGAUGUUCAGAUGGCUUCUGUGAUGGAGCCAGUGGACACGAGUCAGACUGCGAUCAAACAGCAGUUGUCUGCAAGAGUUCGAGAGUCCAUUCCACUGACAGAGAUGGAGUUGCGCACCAAAUGGGAGCAGGCACUCGGCCCUCAGUAUGAUGUUAUGGUUGUUGAACUAGACCCUGUCAUUGAGGAUGAUGCUGAGCUGCAGAAAUAUUCUAAGCUGCUCCCAAUACACACCAUGCGUCUGGGCGUGGAGCUGGAUUCAUUCGAUGGUCACCACUACAUUUCAACUGUGGCCCCUGACGGUCCCGUGGCCAAGCAUGGUUUACUGCGACCAGAGGAUGAACUUCUUGAGGUAAAUGGAGUGCAGUUGUACGGGAAGACGAGGCGGGAAGCAGUAGCGUUCCUGCGAGAGGUUCCUCCUCCCUUCACUCUUGUGUGCUGUAGACGCCUCAAUGAAGAGGGCACUGAAUACCAACCUGAUGAUGAUGAUGAUGAUGAGUGGCUCUCCAGCAACACUACAGCUAGCCUACAGGAGCAGACACAAGUGAUCCAGAAGGGGGUUGCUGAGCAGCGAACCGCUCCAGAGCCAAGCUUUGCUGAGAGGGAGGAGGACGAGAAUAGGGAGAGUGGAGAUGAAGAGAAUGAAGAGGGAGAGUUGGCUCUCUGGUCUCCAGAAGUGCAUGUGCUGGAGUUAGAGAAAGGCGAGCGAGGCCUCGGGUUCAGCAUUCUGGACUACCAGGACCCUCUGGACACUACGCGCUCUGUGAUAGUUAUUCGAUCGCUGGUAAGCGGAGGUGUUGCAGAGAGUCAUGGUGGCCUGCUGCCUGGAGAUCAACUGGUCUUUGUUAAUGACACCUACCUGGACACAUGCUCCUUAUCCCAGGCUGUAGAUGUCCUCAAAGCGGUGCCACCAGGCACAGUGUACCUGGGCAUCAGGAAACCUCUGGGGGCAGAAGACAGGGACACUGUGGAGAAACCUGAAGAUCUCAAUGAGCAAGAACUCCCCACAGCCCAUCCUCAGCUUCCUGUGUCUAAGCAGGGCUUUAGGGAUGACUCUGUCCUUCCAGAAGACAUUGAUGAUGACCCAGAGCUGAUUCUGGAUAGUACAAUCCGUUAUGCUAAACCUCUAAUUACGCCGGAGCUCCUGCCAGGCGAAGAGAGAGAGAUGGCUGUGGAUGAGGAGGAGGAGGAGGAGGAGGAGGAGGAGGAAGAUGAUGAGGAGGAAAGAAGCAGUUUGAGAAGUAAUAGGGAGAGUCCACUGUUAUACCACAGGGAGCAGUCACCCUUCAGGGAAGAGGAGGCAUUGUCGAACCCCUACCAGAUCUUUACCCAUACUGAAAUACAGCAGCAGGUGGAGGAGGAUAAUGCUGCACUUGAAGAAUACUUUCAAACAGACAUGGAGUCAAGCCUGAAUCUCCAUCAGCAUCCCAUCAGUCAGUCAGCAAGGACAUGGGUGGAGUUAGCAGAGAGUGAGGUGGACUCAGAUUCCCGGAAUGAAGGCUCAGAACUCACUCUGACUGACACAGACACAGACUCUGCACAGCUGUCUUCAUAUGUCAGAGGGAAGACGAGAAGUCAGGGGGCUGCAAUGGGGCUGAUGAGACAUGAACACAGUGAUUUACCAGAGAGAGAAGAUGGAGAAGGAGAGGAAACACCCAUCUUCAGUCACUGGGGUCCCCCACGCAGAGUGGAGGUGUGGCUGGAUCCUGGUGAGUCCCUGGGCAUCAGUAUCGUUGGCGGUCGUUCAGUUAUAAAGCGCCUGAAAAAUGGAGAAGAGCUGAAAGGCAUCUUCAUUAAACAGGUGCUUCCAGACAGCCCUGCAGGACGUACAAACGCACUCAAAACCGGAGACAAGAUCUUGCUGGUGGCUGGUGUGGACCUGCAAAAUGCCAGCCAUGAGGAGGCAGUGCAGGCCAUAAAAACCGCUCCAAGCCCUGUAGAGUUUGUUGUACAGAGUCUUUCAUCCACUCCUCGGCCUGUUUCAGUUACAGCCUCGAGUAUAAGACAGCACAAGGCCAAGAGGAAAGGCAUGCUGAAACCAGAACAGCGGAGUGCACCUCCACCCAUGCGUCUCCCUCCACCAUACAGACCUCCCAACCUUGUGCAGGAAGAGAAGGAUACUGAGGAGGACAGAGAGGACAUCAGGCAGAAGUACAGCGAGCUACAGGGGGAGCUGAUGGUGGUGGAGUUGGAGAAGGAUCGGCAGGGUUUGGGUCUGAGCCUGGCCGGAAACAGAGACCGCUCCUGCAUGAGCAUCUUUGUGGUGGGCAUCAAUCCUGGUGGACCAGCCAGCCGCGAUGGACGCAUCCGGGUUGGUGAUGAGUUACUGGAGAUCAAUAACCAGGUGCUUUAUGGGCGGAGCCACCAAAACGCAUCAGCCAUAAUAAAGAGCGCUGCAUCCAAGGUGAAGCUGGUGCUGCUCAGGAAUGAAGAUGCUAUCAAUCAAAUGGCAGUUCCACCUUUCCCCUACCAGCCUUCCUUUCUCUCCUUAAAUGAGAUUCAUCAAAGCCUCCCAGAAGCUGUGAUACCUGCAGAGAAGCCGCAGCCCCCAGAGUGUCUCCCAGAGCCCCUGCUGAGCCAGAGCCCGGAGCAGUCGAGUGAGGUCACUCCUGAGAGCUCAGUGUCUGCCGAGGCAGUGGACAAGAGCCUAAAGGACGGCGAGGCUGCCUCUAAAAAGUCUUCAGAACGAGUGUUAGAGACUGUGGGUGAGGAUGUUUCCAGACCUCCAUUUGAAAAGACUGCUAGUCUUGCCAAAAGCCUGAGAAACUCCAACAAGCUUCCAACAACUUCUGUGGAUGUGGCAGCACUCUUACCUCCAGUGCCUCUUACCUCCACCAGCCCUGAUUUUGAGUGCUGCAGCAAAGACCCUGCUACGUGUCCUAUAGUACCAGGGCAGGAGACCGUGAUAGAGAUCUCUAAGGGCCGCUCUGGACUCGGUCUCAGUAUAGUCGGAGGCAAAGACACACAAUUGGAUGCUAUAGUGAUCCAUGAGGUAUAUGAGGAAGGAGCAGCAGCACGGGAUGGCCGACUGUGGGCUGGAGACCAGAUACUGGAGGUGAACGGUGUGGACCUGCGCAGUGUAGCUCAUGAGGAUGCCAUUGCAGCUCUGAGACAGACUCCUGCUAAAGUGCGUCUGACGGUUCUGCGAGAUGAAGCACAGUACCGCGAUGAGGAAAACCUGGACGUUUUCUCUGUGGAACUGCAAAAGAAGAGUGGCCGUGGUCUUGGCCUCAGCAUCGUGGGCAAAAGGAACGGCACAGGUGUCUUCAUCUCUGAUGUGGUUAAAGGUGGUGCAGCUGAUGUGGACGGCAGGCUCAUGCAGGGAGACCAGAUCCUGUCUGUGGAUGGAGAGGACAUGAGACGAGCUUCUCAAGAGACUGUUGCUGCUGUCCUUAAGUGUGCCAGGGGAAUGGUGCAGCUAGAAGUGGGACGGCUGAAGGCUGCCUCUUGGAUCUCCUCCAGGCGCACCUCCCAGGGAAGCCAGAGUCAUUCAAGUAAUAUGACUAAUAGCAACCCUGUGCCCCCCAUGGUGCCUCCCACUGCCCCACAACCCAGCCAGUUACCCAGCAGCACUAAGAGAACUGGGAAUGAAGCCAACACCAAGAGCUCUGUAGUUGAAACAGGUCUACGCAAAGUGGAGAUCACUCGUGGUCCGACUGAUGCUUUGGGGAUCAGUAUAGCUGGAGGAAAGGGCAGUCCACUAGGAGACAUCCCCAUUUUCAUUGCCAUGAUUCAGGCUAAUGGUGUAGCUGCCAGGACCCACCGCCUCAAGGUGGGCGACCGUAUUGUGAGCAUUAACUCUCAUUCUCUGGAUGGUCUGACUCACGGAGAGGUGGUCACCAUGCUGAAACACGCCUACGGCAACAUCACGUUGCAGGUGAUAGCAGACACUAACAUCAGCGCCAUCGCCAGUCAGGUGGAGAGCAUGUCUUCGAGCUCCGGCCUGAGCACCAACACUGAGACCCCGAUUACAGAGCCAGAAACGCCCAAGCCAAAGAGCAUCACUCUGGAGAAGGGCACUGAAGGGCUCGGCUUCAGCAUCGUGGGCGGCUUCGGGAGUCCACAUGGAGACCUGCCCAUCUACGUCAAAACUGUCUUCAGCAAGGGUGCAGCAGCGGUGGAUGGACGUCUAAAGCGUGGAGAUCAGAUCCUGUCAGUGAACGGAGAGAGUCUGGAGGGAGCCACACAUGAGCAGGCUGUGGCCAUCCUGAAGAAACAGAGAGGGCUUGUUACACUGUCUGUACUGUCUUAACACAAACACACACUCAUAAGGACUGCCACGAACACACACACACACACACACAACUCAGACCUGUUGCAAUCUUGUCACAAUCCAAGGAGAGGAUUCUGAAGCCUGUUACACACACACACACACACACACACACACAACUCAGACCUGUUGCAAUCUUGUCACAAUCCAAGGAGAGGAUUCUGAAGCCUGUUACACACACACACACACACACAACUCAGACCUGUUGCAAUCUUGUCACAAUCCAAGGAGAGGAUUCUGAAGCCUGUUACACACACACACACACACACACACACACAACUCAGACCUGUUGCAAUCUUGUCACAAUCCAAGGAGAGGAUUCUGAAGCCUGUUACACACACACACACACACACAACUCAGACCUGUUGCAAUCUUGUCACAAUCCAAGGAGAGGAUUCUGAAGCCUGUUACACACACACACACACACUCGCCUCCUCAAGGGGCUGUGCAUAGCACCUGAUCAAAAUUUCCUCAGUAGAGUUCAGUAACACAAACUUCAGCCGAGAUCUGAAUCAAUUUUAACGUAACCCCUUUAACAUGUGUGCACAGUUUGGAUCGAUCACUAGAAAAGAAGGGAAACUGCUCAUGUCCAUUGUCUUAAAUCCUUUUGUUUAAUGCAGUUUUGAGCAAUGAGCAGAUGUCAGGCAUGGAUGUCUCCUAUGUUAACUUAAUUGAUUUAUUACAUGCUUAUAGUCAACACACUAAUCAAUCCCAGCCUGUAGCUAAGCGGUUCAGGGAUAUGACUCCGUGCCAGAUUAAGAAAAUACCUAAUCUCAGUAGGUUCCUCUGUCUGUAGCGUAUGCAUGCUUACAAUGGACAAGAAUUUUGACCAAUUUCCCUGUACUGAGAUAAGAACAAAAAAAGCAUUAAAGUCUAUCAGUAAUAAGCCUAGAAUGAGACAGAUGUGAGAAUGUUAUGAAAGAUGGUGUGAAGCUUCCAAAUGUCCAACCCUGGAGCAAUACAGAAAGUCUGAAUACUUACUUUAUUCCUUAAAGGUGUUGUGGUGUAUAAACACUAUUACAACACACCAGAUCCGUCCUCUGAAAAAGUGGCCUAAUAUGAUAAAGGACGUGUUUUACAAAGCUUAGUUUGAGAGCUUAGUUGUUUACAUUUAUACAGAUAUGAAGCACAAAGGUCAGAAUCUUGUAUAAAUAAAUAAGUAAAUAAAUAAAUAUAUGGCUGAAACAACAGCAAGGGUCAGUGAUGAAGGAAACAACUAAGUUUGACCACAGUUACAAGAAUCUAUUUUUUUAAAUGAAUGGAAAAAAGGAUAUCCAGUGUGUUGUAUUGUUGUAGUCCUUUGUAUUAAAGCAUCAGUUACUCCACAUCCAUUACGCAAUGUCUAUAAGCAAUAGAAUUAUAUCAAUAAUCACUGAAUUGCCCCGGCAUGUAAAUUCCUUUUAACAUUCAGUUUCUUGUUAUUGCUUGGUUGAAAGACAAGCCAGAAAUUUCCAAAAAAAAAAAAAAAAACCUCCAUUAUGAGCGAGUUGAGAGUGAAGAGGUUUUUAGGAUUUCUUGGUGCAGGUAAACAUGUUGAAAUUCUUGUCAUUGGUAACGACAUGUUCUCCCCAAAGAAAUUACGUUGAAAAACAUUAAGAUUUCUUUUCUCUUUUUUUUUUCACAAAGCUAUCCCUGUUUCUUUUUGAUUUACCUGGAAACACUAAAUUAAAGCACCUGAACGCAGAUCUGCCGUUGCAGUAAAACACAUCAAUUCUGAAAACAUUCCCAGUCAUCAUGUUGAAAUAUGAAUGGUGGCAGCAGCCACUUAGUGAUUCCUGAUUUGAGUGACUAACACAUGCAGAUACACACAGUUUCACCAGCUGACUGACAUUUUAAAUCACUUUGCUUGCUAAUAAGAAUCAGUCAUCACUAAUGAAUGUUUCUACGCACCCACACACACUGUCGUAUAUAGAAAAAUAUAGGGAUGAACUGUGAUAAGGGAUUAGUGCUUAAACAUUAUGUUUUCGCUGGCCUUAAUUAGAUCAUGCUGAGAAGUCUGUUUGUGUUUGUUUCUGUUGUAUAUGUGCUCUUCUUCAUUAUUAUUGUCUCACCAACAGUAGACGCAGCAUGAUCUAUUGUAGUGAAGUGGAGUAAUUUAGAGCACAGCGUUCCUGUUUCUGACCGAAUAAUCAUGUCAGACUUCAGCUGUCAGAUUCACAAAGAAUUUUUGUGAGCAUUAGAGUGUUUGUUUGUUUUAUUUUUUGGACUAAAACAGUCAUCAGUGUUUCAUCAUUUAAUUGCACAAAUCUUUUUAAUGUAAAUAUGUAAUUUAUUUCAUUAAUUCAGUUUGAUUUUAUAGGACUUUUGAACUAGCAUUUCUGGUCAACGUUGAAAUGAAGAUGGUAUGUGAAAUGUAUCGUUUUACACUGUGUGUACCACAAUAUGAGGAAAUCCUGUGUCAGCUGGACUCCCGAGCUUCAAACGGAAGUGUGCCAAAUUCUUGCAAGACACCCGUAUGACCUCAGGGUCGUCAGAAAUGUCCACGCCGAGGUAAACCGCUUUCUGCGUUAGGGAUACGCUCGACACAUUUCAGCUUAGGCUUCAUACUGAGCUGAAUCAGGAGUAUGAAAACACUACAUCAGGCAUUCCCCAAACGCAGAAAGCUCAUUCAACCUCCGCGGAAUCAGGAGUGUCUGACUCAGUGAGCUCUGCAGAGAUUUGUAGCUACAUCUCAAAUGGUCUACUGCACAUACUUUUAGUGUGAGUAGUGUCUUUACACCAGGAAAUUCAACAAGCUGUAAUGUGCUAUUAAUAUCCGGAUGAUGUACUUAUAAAGCCUAAAAAUGAAGUGUGGAACAAUGAAAACAUUUAGAGCCGUAUGAAGUCAUUGUACACUGCAUUAUGCUUAGAAAGAGGCGGGCCAUCAGAUCACCAAUGGUUAAGAAAAUGUUGCUAAAUAGACAGUACAGUAGUUGCGUUACACCCUAGACUAAGAUUAUUUUCAAAAUGUUAUAAAAAAACAACUCCAGGGCCUAUGUACUCUAGUAGGUAUAUUGUGCAAGUGUAUUAGUGUGUACACCAUUUGAGGCUUUGAUAAGUGGCUGAAGACCUGAAUCACGUGUGUUAAAUGAAGUAGAAUGCUAAUCUCUGUAAUGCUCUGACUCCAACACUCCCUCUCUAAA